GUGUUAGUAUAAAAACGUGUUUUCUCACAGCUGAGGAUAAAUGAAUAAUAUUUUUUUGUGAAAUAAAAUAAAAGCGGUUUAAGCUCUUUUUUAAAGUGAAUUUAAAGGAGGAAGUUAAAUCGUAAAAGACUUGCAUUUAACUUCAAUUUCCAAUUUUGUAAAACAAAUAGUUAAUUAUAUUAGCUGUGAUAAAGAAAUAAGCAGGAAAAAAAUUACAAAGUAUAAAAAUGAAUUUAACAGACAUAAUGGAAACAAAUUUCUCAGACAUAAAUUUGUUAAGUGAUGAUCAUGAAGAUCAUGACCAUACUGCAACAAAUAUUGCAAAAGGAAUCACAAUGUUCGUGUUAUUUAUCAUAUCAAUGACUUCAGGACUUUUACCAAUGUUCUUGUCAAAAUUCUUCAAUUGGUCAGAUCCAAAUCGAGAUCCACGUGCAAAUUUACUUACAUCAUCAUUGCUAUCGUUUGGAGGUGGUGCCUUGCUUGCCACGACAUUUAUGCAUUUAUUACCAGAAAUUGAUGAAAACAUUACAAAGUUACAAAGUGAAGGACAUUUACCAAAAUGGGAAUUUUCAAUUACAAAUUUAUUAAUGGCAGUCGGUUUCUUCAUUAUUUAUUUCGUGGAAGAGCUUGUUCAUGCUUAUUUGAGAAAUCAUCAGAAAAAUAGACAGAAAGCUCAAGAAGCAUUUAUUCGUGGUCAUAGUGCUAGAGAAAGUUUAAAGCGUGCUGCAUUGCGCCACGAUCAUGAGAAAAAAGACACCAAUAAUGGAAUCAUUACAGUUUCAACAGCUGAUCUUAUUGACAAUGAACAUGUUGAUCAUUCACACCAGUCACAAAGUCAUAAUCAUACUCAUUCUCAUGAGCAUCAUCACCAUUCACAUAUUCCAGUCAUUGACGGUGAUGACUUGAUUGUUUCUUCAAUCCGUGGUCUUCUAAUCGUUAUGGCAUUAUCAGUUCACGAAUUAUUUGAAGGAUUAGCCGUUGGAUUAGAACACGAACCAGGAAAUGUUUGGUACAUGUUUGCAUCAGUUGCAGCUCAUAAAGUUGUCAUUGCAUUUUGUAUUGGAGUUGAAUUAAUGGUCCACAAGACACAAUCAUGGCUUCUGAUUGUUUACGUUUUUAUCUACGCAAUCGUUUCACCUUUGGGAAUUGCAGUAGGAAUUUGGGUUAGCAAUGCAGGAGAUUCUGAAGGAUUUGCUAUUGCUUCAGUGAUAUUACAGGGACUUGCUUCAGGAACUUUACUGUACGUGAUAUUCUUUGAGAUUCUCGCAAAACACAAGGAAGGCGUCGCACAAUACACUGCAGUUGUAUUUGGAUUUUUCCUUAUGUUUGGAUUUAAAUUUAUUGGGGGUCACAGUCAUUCACAUGAUGACCAUGAAGACGAACACGAUGAUCACGAUGAUCAUGAUCAUUAAAAAACCUGUAAUUCUACCAAAAAAUGUAUUUUAUUUUUAAAUGUAUAUAAUACAUAUGCUUGAAUUGCAUACAUAUAAAAUAUUCUUUAGCAACAUCUACAAAAAGUGUUAAAGAAUGAGAAAAACAAAAGAGACUAUAAAAAGAUUGUCUUUAAACACAAGCAUUAUGCAGAAGUGAUUCGUAUGUCAAAAUGUACAACGAAAAUUGUAAAAUAUUUUUUUAAUUUAUUUAAUACAUACAAUUAAGAAUAGAA